AGCGAGAUUGGAGAGUCAGAAAUCAAAGCCAGCCACCACCAGCCCUCACCUUAUAAUAGAGACAAUCUUGUAGUAGUGAUGCCAUGAGAUUCAACAUGGGGAACUUUACGUGUCUACAUCCCAUUGGCUCUAAGUGUGGAAAAUAAGACAUUUUUUUUUCCUGGACGUACGAUAUAGGAUGCUUCGUAAGAUGCCUUGUGGGCUAAUAACUCCUGAUGUCUUGAUCUCUCGCACUGUGGCCGCUUCUGUGUCAGUCUGUUCCACACUUCCACUCUAGUUGCUCGAUAAAAAGGAGUCUUCUUCGUAUUUCUGUUUGUCCGAGGUUGAGAUCUGAACAGACAGACAGCCAGCCAGCCAUGGUGGAAAAGAUAGAUCUUCGUUAUUUUCACAUGCCCAUCUUUUGUGUCAGAACCUGCUUUGAUUCUGUCGUAGGCAGAUCGACAGAUUGCUAUUUGCUUUUCAGAGAUUUUGUUCUCUUGUUUUCUUGGCCAUGAGUACGAAGUUAGAAUUUGCAUACUCUUACAGGCUACUACAAUAAUGGUGCUCGAGGUUGACCUUCAGUGCCAUCGCUGCUACAAGAAGGUGAAGAAGGUUCUAUGCAAAAUCCCUCAUCAGAAAUACAAGACCAGGUGUAUGACGAGAAGAAAAACUUGGUGAUGAUCAAAGUUGUAUGUUGCUCUCCCGAAAAGAUUAAGCAAAAGAUUAUCUGCAAGUGUGGUGAUUCCCUUAAGAGCAUUGAGAUCAAACAGCCCCCGAAGCCGAAAGAACCGGAGAAACCGAAGGAUCCUCCCAAGCCAGCUCAGAAGCCGAAAGAAGCGGAGAAACCAAAGGAUCCUCCCAAGCCAGCUGAUAAGCCGAAAGAACCGGAGAAACCAAAGGAUCCUCCCAAGCCAGCUGAGAAGCCGAAAGAACCCGAGAAGCCUAAGGAAAAACCUGCGAAUCCUCCCAAGCCAGCCGAGAAGCCGAAAGAGCCUGAGAAGCCAAAGGAGAAAGCUGCGGAUCCUCCCAAGCCAGCUGAAAAGCCUAAAGAACCGGCACCGGCACCCAAGCCUCCCGUCGUCGUGCCGUGUUAUCCAGUACUACCGCCCGGUUAUCCAAUUGGGACGUGUUGUUCAUCAUGUUAUGAAGGUCGUGGCGGGGGGCCAUGCUUUCACGGUCAUGGCGGGCCACCCCCAAGUUACGAGGGCUAUGGAAGGCCAGUGUAUGAUAGUUAUGGUGGAGGUUAUUACAGGCCAGACUGCUACGUGAGCCGUUGUGACUAUUUCAAUGAAGAAAACACAUCAGGAUGCACAAUCAUGUAAAUGGGAGUGAAUGCAUCAUACAUGGUCGUGAUCAGAUCAUCAAUUAGCCUUCUUUUUGCAUCUCACGUCACGGCUGCUCGCAUUUGUUUUUCUUUGCUUGUUCAGAAGGACAGAAAAAAGAUAAGAGUACGUAAUAAAAUCAAUGGUGGGAUGGCUGAGAAAAAUAAAAAAUAAAAAUAAAAAAUGGUUGUGGGAUAUGAUUUUAAUUAUGUCGGUUGACAAUUGGCUUUUGAUUUUCGUAGUACUGCUCAUGUAACGACUUUUAAAUGAAAGUGGUUAUCUAUAUAUGAAAUUUUUACUUUCGGGUA